GUAUAUCGUAUGUGAAAGAUAUAAGUUAUAAUAAAUUAAAUUAUAUGGUAUCACAUAUACGAGAGAUAAAUCAUAAAAAAAUACGAGAACGCAGCUUCUUCUGCGUGACAAUUGUUCCAAAUGCAUGAGCAUCAUCAGCCGUUUCGUUCUCUUUAAUCCUAACAGAACAUCUCUACUUGAAAUAAUAGCGUCCCCUGCAGCAUAUCCGUUGUCCAUUGUCAGACAGUUUCUGAAUUACGGAUGCGCAAGGAGCGUAGGAGUAUAGGAGCUGGGAAACUUGGCAUAUUACUCAAUUAGAAACGAUACAAAUAGCGGAUGAGAAUGAAGUGUGUUUUCCUCGCAGGCGAUAUAACAAAAUAAAAAAUAACAACGUUUGUCCUCAAAUAUGUUUGCGAGUAACAUGUUUUGCGCUCUAUGUUCCAUAAUAUUUUUUUUGAACAUUAAUUUGGCAGAAUGGGUGGACAUGCCGCAAUUCUCGGACGAGAACAAGAUUUAUAGGAUACCUUCUGUCCAGCACGAUCAGUUUUAUAAGUUUAUACGCGGUGAUAUUACCUCUCCCGAUGAUCAACGAAACAGCAGUCAAACUUACGGCAGGUAUCCCGUUAAAGCUACAUAUGCGAUGGAUGAUAAAAAAAUAGAGAUUAAGAAGAUAGAUUCUGUCACAAUGUCGACAACAUUAUCGAAUUCACUUCCCGAACAAAUCGCCGAAAAUUUCACAGAGAUCAGUAAACAUCGCGCAGCAACGAGAACUGAUAUUUCUGUGACUGAGAAUAAAUUAAAUAACAAAUAUAGUACAAUUUCAUCGACAAAGGAUACAACAUUUAAUACACUUACAACUCAAUCGCCGAUUACUACUACGCACAAACAAGAAAUGACACGGGAUAAAUACUACAACUACACGCUGAAGAAGGACGAUGGUAUAUUUCAAUAUUUGCCCAUAGACAUACUUAAGAAUGUUCAUAGUACUUUAAAAUCGCAGCCAGUGUCUUUCGAAGGAAAACUUCACUUUCUCAAAAUGUUCGAAAAGACAUUAAUGUCGGAAAUAGAAUCUCGCCUCACCGCUACUAUGUCGUCAAAUCGAAAAGUAAGAGGUGCGGAUUAUCACGGGCAUGGCUACGAAGGUCACGAUGACCAUUCUAUAGGAUUUCCCUCAAUAGAAGGCGCACUGCUGGCUAUAUCGUUCCUCACGUUCGCAGUUUACCUUGUUCGAUUAGUUAUGCUUCUCUUUCGGAAUAUGAGUACUCCUAUGACUACUACAACCGCUGCUACGGUUUUUCUCGGUAAAAGAAAAAGAUCCAUCGAUCUUGAUGACGACGUCGCUAGGAUACUUAACAAUAUGAAUAGUUUCGUUUCUGACUUUUAAAUUUAAAUAUUUUGUAGUGGAAACAGUGAAUAUCUCUCUUUCCUCUGUUUUUAAAACUUUCAUAACUUUUAAUAAUACAAAUGUAUGUGACAUAAAUCGAUAAAUUUAUUUCAAAAUAGCAGUUAUCACAAUAUGGAUAAAAAUAUAAGUCUGCUUAGGAAGAUAAAAAUGAUUUUAAUAUUUUGCAAACACUCGUGCGGAAAUAUCAAUUAUUUUUUAAAAAUAGGAUUUUAAGUUCUCUCUUUUUACUGAUAUUUUUAUAACCAAUGUCGAAAUAUGUUCAGACGUUUUAUAUGAGAGAUAAUAAAUAGUUAAAAAUUAUACAAGCUUUAUAAUAAUUAUUAAGUUUCCAAUUUUCAAUAUUAAGCUUUGUGAACAGAGUCUCAUGUACGAAAACAUUUUAUUCUCAUCACCAUUAAUAAUAGAACAUACCUAUAUAUCGAUAAUGAUAUCUCAUUAUUAUCAUAUC